AUGAAUAAGCAGUGGAAAGGUGCAGGCUCUGGAAGCGAUGCUGCGGUGCGCGCUGCAAUCAGCGCCGAGCACGGUGACUGUGUCCUUCCUGCUGGAAACACGCCACCUGAACGCGAAAUCAAACCUACUCACCGGGUGAAAUUGCAGGAGGCGAAGCGGCUGGGAUUAAAACGCAUCCCGGGUCCAAGCAUAUACCGCAGCCGGGGGCCGGGCGGUGACGCUCUCCUCGGGGACAGGGGUGCGGGGAGCCGAGCCCGAGGUGGGGAGAGCGAUAGCCCGGGGGCAGCUCCCGGGAACGGGCUGGGCACGGGGACAGCGCGCCCGCAGGCUGCGGGUGGCGCGGCACCAGCAUCCAUCCCUUCCUCCGCCUCCUCCUCCUCCUCCUCCUCCUCCUGCAGCCGCAACCCAACCAACCGCGGCGGCGAGACCGGCCAGGUUCUUGGCAUGGAAAUAAUGACCUGGCUCGGUGGAGAAAAUCAUCCUUUAGUGACUCCGGAAUGUGUGCGGAAUUUGAAGCUGGGCUGGGAGCUUAGCGCGAGUGAACUGGAAGCCGGUCCGUGCCGGGGAGCAGCGUGCAGAGCAGUACGGAGCUGUGGCAUCCCUGCAGUGUAGCACGGCUGUGUGCUCCUCGUGCUCAGCAGGAUCAAUAGGCACAGCAGCCGCGCAGAUUAUGUGAUGGAUGUGCUAGGCAAUAUGGAGUGAUCACCAGCAUUACACCACCACUUGUCUGCUCUGCGGUCUUUAAAAGAGAGAGUAAUUUCUGGGGUUUUUUAUUAAAAAGCUUUUUGUCUUCUCUCUAUUAUCUCUAUAAUUACCAAUGUGAAGCAUUCGUGCCUGUUUGACAGUCUGGCAGUUUUAUGUUUCCAGGAUCUGCUAGGAAAAAGUUGGAAACAGCAGAAACCCAAGAUUCCUUUUGGCAUCACUUUGGUUUGUUCCUCUCAGCAUAUUUAAUCAUUUUUAUGCUCACGAAUUCACGAAUUGCUCAGUGGAGUGAGCUGAUCUUAGCAAUGAUUUACGCUGCUGGGGGCUUUAUUGAUUUUUUUUC